GCAUUCUCCCUCAAUUCCGUUUAAUUGCAGAGAUCGGCUGAAUCUCAGUGAAUUGCUUGCUCCUCUUUCAUUUGUCUGGUUUUACAGUUGGUUUGUGUUUUUCCUUUUCCAUUAAUCAAUCAUCGACUGCAAAAAUGUUCGAGAAAUUAUUCAAGAAAUCCAAGGAAACGCUUUCUCCGCUUUCCACCAUAGACAAGCUCAAUGAGACAUUGGAAAUGCUAGAGAAAAAGGAAAAUGUUCUUCAAAGAAAAAUGUCCUCAGAAAUUCAAAAAGCAAAGGAUUUCACAAGAAUGAAGAAUAAGCGAGCUGCAAUUCAAUGCUUGAAGCGAAAAAAGCUAUAUGAAGCACAAAUAGAGCAGCUAGGAAAUUUCCAAUUACGAAUACAUGAUCAGAUGAUUACACUCGAGGGUGCCAAGGCAACAACAGACACUGUUUAUGCUCUGAGGACAGGGGCAGCAGCCAUGAAAGCCAUUCAACAUUCCAUGAAUGUUGAUGACAUUGAUAAGACCAUGGAAGAAGUAAAUGAGCACACAGAGAAUAUGAAGCAGAUUCAAGAGGCACUUGCAGCUCCUAUUGGUGCUGCUGCUGAUAUAGAUGAGGAUGAGCUAGAAGCUGAGCUCGAGGAACUAGAAGGAGCGGAGCUAGAGGAAGAAUUAUUGCAGCCAACUGGCAGUGUCCCUGCAGUGCAGAGGCCUGCUGCCAACCUUCCUCAGAGAGCAGCGCCGCUUCAGUCAACCAGUAAUGAGGAGGCUGAUGAAUUAGCUUCCCUUCAAGCAGAGAUGGCGCUCUAAUCUCUUUUAUUCUACCCUACUAUUUGUAUACUCACUUUGAAGGCAUGCAGCACGGAUCCUCUACGCUUUGCAUCAUCUAUCCACACUUUUGUGCAACUAAAAUACAAUACUAGUCAGAUGCAGAUUCUGCAAUGACUGUAUAUAUAUAUAAGUUCCAUAGGGGGAUGUAACUAACAGCUUGGAAUUAAAUAAGUAGAUUCUGUUGUAUGUGACAAGCAUGGGCUUAUGUCUGUGACACUCUCUCUCUCCUUUCCUCCUCCCCCCCGGCUCCCCAAAUAUGCAAUGCUGUUGCUUCUCAAUGAGAGUACACUGUUUCCUUCUGGAAGCUCCGUUACAAAAACUGCUCUACUACUCAGAUAUUGAAUUGACUGCUACUGUUUAUUGUGAUUACUCA